CUUUCCUCUUCAAAAGGACCUUUGGAGAACUGGCUUAGUUUAUUGAAGUGGAAGAAAACAUUGGUGGGUUGUCUUUUCAGCUACUAUGGAUUAGUAAAAUAAGCCAUGGAUGGGGACUUCUCACUGGAGAACUACCUAGAUCAUUGCACAGACCAGGAUGACCUUCCCUCAACCAGCCUACAAACCUAUGUCUCCAUGAGCCCCUUUGCAACGGACUUGCCUAUUUCCUCAACCCCUGGCACACUUUCUCAGCUUGACCAGAUCAAAGAUUUCUCUACCAGCUUCUCUUCAGUGGACCUUAGCUUCCUGCCCGAUGAGCUUGGCCUGGAAAACAGAGAGGACGGCAAUGGGACACCGAGAGAGCAAGGAGGCGCUCGGGCAGCAGUGCAGGACAGUGGAGCAUUUUUGGAUGGCAGUGGGGAUCUGUCCCAAGAGGGUGACGAGAGCACAACACAGUCAUUUCCAGACACAUCUGGGGCCCGUCCCCCCAUGACCCCGAUGACACCGAUGACCCCGAUGACUCCAGCUUCCGAAGGCUCGGGCAUUGUUCCACAGCUGCAGAAUAUUGUGGCCACCGUCAACUUGGCUUGCAGGCUGGACCUCAAAAAUAUAGCCCUCCAUGCCAGGAAUGCAGAAUACAACCCAAAGAGGUUUGCUGCCGUGAUCAUGAGAAUUAGAGAACCAAGGACAACAGCCCUUAUAUUUAGUUCCGGCAAAAUGGUCUGCACCGGAGCAAAAAGCGAGGAACAGUCGCGGCUGGCAGCCAGGAAGUAUGCUCGUGUGGUCCAGAAGAUGGGGUUCCCUGCAAAAUUCCUGGACUUCAAGAUACAGAACAUGGUGGGCAGCUGCGACGUGAGAUUCCCCAUCCGGCUAGAAGGCUUGGUUCUCGCACAUCAGCAGUUCAGUAGCUAUGAACCAGAACUGUUUCCUGGCCUUAUUUAUAGAAUGGUCAAGCCAAGGAUUGUAUUGCUUAUCUUUGUGUCUGGAAAAGUUGUCUUAACUGGUGCCAAAGACCGUUCAGAAAUAUAUGAAGCAUUUGAAAACAUCUAUCCGAUCCUGAAGGGUUUUAAGAAAGCCUCUUAAUUUUUGUGCCAAAUUAUGAAGAACUGAUAGGUUUGUAUAUAUUUCUAUAAAGUCUCAAGCACCAAUUACCAUUUGUGGGUGUAACUUGUGGGCACACAUGUGGGUGUUGAUAGGCGAACAAUCGCUUGUUGUGUUAUGGCUUGCAUUGGUCCGUCUGUUAUCACAUUCUGCUUGUUGGGAAUUAUUUCAGCAGAAGUCAACACCUUCUGAACAGAAGUUUUCAGAUGUGUAGAAUAUGGUGUAUAAUAGAAGCAUGAUUUAAAACAAACACCAAAUCCCCAAGUGUGUUAAAACAUUUGAAAGGCUUGAGUCAGCAUCUUGUAGUACUUAAACAUAAUUUUGUACUCUUAAUCCAGGAUAACUCAAUCUUGUCUAAAAUAAAAGAAACAACACAAUU